AUGACAUUAUAACAUUUACAUCAAAAAAAUUACAUAUAUAGUAUUUCUGCUACCCGCAAAAAAUAAAGAGAAUCUAUUUCUGCAGGAAAAGAAACUACCCCUCAAACCAGCAUGAGCUGGGAGGGAAGUUCAAAAAAGAGAGAAAAAAGCUUGAGCUGGGAGGGAAGUUCAAAAAAGAGAAAAAAAAAGCUUGAGCCGGGAGGUGGGCUCGCACGCGCUGUGAGCCUGUGACGCAGGAUCAGCGAAUGCACGAUCCGAAGGCUCGCUGCGCGGCCGACGCAGCGCUUCAAUCAGUCGGCUGGAUCUGGGUCGAAACGUUUUCCGAGCGAAAAUUUCAGGGCAAGCACAAAUUUCUCAGCGCCCAAACCCUAGCUAGCCCCUCCCACCUUCCCUCGAUCCAAAUGGACGGCGGCGACUGCGGCCUCCGCUUCGACUUCGAGGACUACCUCGACGCCGUCGGCGCUGGAUCCGGCUCCGCGUCCUCCGAAGCCCCCAUCCUCGCCGUGGGAGGGCCGUCCCGUGGCUGUGGCCUCCAAAUGGAUGGCGAUGAGGACAACCUCCGCUUCGACUUCGAGGACGACCUCGACGCGGCCGGUGCUGGCACCGGACACUCGGUCGGCUACUUCGAAGCCCUCAUCCCCGCCGCUGGAGGGCCGUCCCAUGGCCCUGGCAUCGGAAGCUUCCAAAUGGACGGCGACGAGGGCAGCCUCCGCUUCGACUUCGAGGACUACCUCGACGCCGUCGGCGCUGGAUCCGGCUCCAUGUCCGCGUCCUCCGAAGCCCCCAUCCCGGUCACGAAAGGGCUGUCCCAUGGCCAUCGCCGCGUAAUCUUCCAGCAGACCGUGUGCCAGCACUGGCUGCGUGGGCUUUGCAAGAAAGCGGAGCCGUGCUCGUUCCUGCACCAGUUUGACAUGGAUCACAUGCCAGUGUGCCACUUCCACCAUGCUUUCCGCUUCUGCUGCGCAGAGGAUUGCAACUUGAAGCAUGAGAUCCAGGUGUGCGAAAUCAUUCAUUCUUCUAUAGUGCUUCUGAUUGCGGGUUUGCUUCAUGAUAUAUUGGUCCAUAAUCAUAUCUGCUCCAAAGUUUGUGCCAGGUUUAGCGUGGGCUUUUGCCCUAAUGGACCUAAUUGCAACUACAUGCAUGUUAGGCUACCUGGGCCACCUCCUCCUGUUCAAGAAGUCCUCCAGAAGUUUCAACAGACGAAUGCCUACAACUGUGGUCCAUCAAGCGGAACUUAUCAGCCUAGAGACAAUAACUGUAAGCAGAAGGCGAAAGCUCAAGUCCAGCAUGGGUCAGUGCUGAAUAAUCAAAAUUUGGCUGUAAAUGCUACUCUUGUAGCGCAACAACCUGCUGCGCAACAUGCGCAGACAGCAAAUCCAGCACCACACCUACAGCAGAAGCAAAAUGCUCAUGUUCAAGGUUUCCAUAAUGGCUCAUCUAUCAAAAAGCUACCACAACUGCAAGCCCACUUCCACAAGGGCAAUCAAGGUACUCGGUUAUUAAAAGUUGCAACCAGGAGAAUCUGGAUUUUGGUUCAGUGGGGUGUUUGUGCCUCCCAAAAAGGAUUAAUGAGGUUGAACUUGACGAAGCAUUUGAGUCUAUGGAGAGUGUCAUUUCAAUAUUCUCCAUCUCUAGAACUCACCAUUUCCAGUGUCUGUGCAAUUCUAGAACUGGUGGUGAAAUUUAGAAAUAUGCUCACAGAAGCCCACUGUGGUCAGAACUUCUCUCCAGUGGCUUAGUUUACAGGGCGUGUAGCCCAGAUCGCUGGGAUCAAGGUAUGCAGAGCCACUCUAUUUCCUCCAGACGCUCGAUUGAAAAACACAGCGAAGUUAAUCCAUGACACCAAAUUAGCUGGAAAGUUAAUGAGCAGUUAAUAUCAAUUCCACCCCGCGUUCACACCAUGCAUGCAGCUAGUACUAGUACUACUCUUAAUUACUCAUGCAUAGUGUAUUACUAGGCAGUAAAUGAAAUGCGCCUUAAUCCUUCUCAAUUUUGGAAAUACAUGAAAUCUGAAGGGUGCCUUCUAAACCGUGACGGAGGGAGUAUUUAUCUUCUAUUGUACCUCCACUUUGGUACAUUUUUGUCAUUUAGCUCCAUGCGAUGGGACAAGAAGCAUUUAGUGACUUAGUUUUUAAAAGAAGUUGACUCAAUUGUAUGCCUAACUCACAUCAGCACCGAAAGAAUGUUAAUAGGAACAUUUAGUGGAAAAUAUUGCCGCCAAAACUAGAGUAACAAACAAGUAUGUAGCACAACAUAUAUUCUGAUUUUAUGGUUGUAAUUUGGUCUAAUAUAAUUUGUUUUGUAAUACAAUAGUCUAAAAGUAAAAUUAUGCUAUUCAGUUGGAUACACUAAAUUGUUGUUAAAUUUACUUUUUUCAAGGGCUCUUGAAAGGUUACUUCUAAGUUUGGUGGCUACAUUGGUGGUUGGAUUUGAAAAUUUAUUUACAGAAGUUCAUUAUGGUUAGAAUUUCUCUCCAUUGGCCCAAGGUACAACAAAUUAUUGAAAUCCACCUGCCUGAGUACUAGGAACUGGCUGCCGCGGCCCCAGAUCGAAGCAUCCAUGCCCUGCCACGUGUCUCGCUCGUCAGUCGCCAACCCACCCUAGCCGCCACCGCCACAUAGCGGAACAUUCGUGCCCACCACCUGUCUUCCUCACUAGCUGCUGGCCUCUGUUGUGGUCUUCGUGAUGACCUUGUUGUUGUUGUCCAUGCCAGGAGUUGGCUGCCAUUGCCACUGCUUGCCGAUUUUCAUCGACGCCUCUGCCGCUGCUUGGUGGGUCGUUCCUCUCUUUGUUCCACGCUCGUCGACAUCAUGUGAUUUAGCUUGGUUCCCUUUGAGUGUUGUAAAAAGAAGGCAAUUUCUUUGUCAUCGAGUUUCGUUUCCAUCCCUUGCUACCCGUUGAUUUUUGACGGUGUUAACUACACCGACUUCAUUUCCCACAUGCGCAUUCAUUUGCGUGGUUUGCGUCUCUGGGCAUACUCUCUGGCGAGAUUUCUUACCCGUUGUGCCCUGUUGCCCCUGUGAAACCUUCGCCACUCCCUACGACUGUUGUUGAUAAGGCUGUCGCUCAUGUUGCUGAUGAUGUUGCUUGCUGCCUAAGAUCAAAAGGUAAACUGUUAAGGGCUUGACUAGGCAGCGGCGCUGCACGUAGGUCCUACCGUGGGGUGUCUGCUACAUGCAUCAACCAAGAUUAAAUGCGAGCACAUGGCGAAAGACAGAUUAACGGGUCACGACUGGUGCGCACAUGACGAAAGACAGGUAGGGCCAUAGGCUGGUGCGCACAUGCAUCCUGAUUCUGAUUCUACACACUAACGGGUCACGGCUACCCCACCUCUCCUGCUGCUUUCAUCCCCAUCAUGUCUUCUUCUCCCCCAAAAACACGUCUUGAAUUCCACACCAGAUUAUAGGGCACUCUAUAGCUGCCCCUAGAAAAGGCCGAGGAGAGACAAAAAAAAGACACAGAAAAGUCUCCAGUCGAGUAAAACAAGAUCUAAUAUUCAGGCAAUGCAUGAUUCAAUAGUGGAUGUAUCAAGUCUAGUUGCUAGAUUAGUAGUAUUAAUUUGUCAGAUUAAUUGUGCCAAAAGUUAUGGCGAUGGGAUCUGUUGUACAUGCCUAUCUCCCCUGGUUAACAUAAUAGCCUCAUCAGUUUCCAAAUAAUUGCCUCAAGUUGCCAAAGAUGGAUUUGCUAUACUCACCUACACCUAAUUUCCAUAUUAGUUGUCUCUAAUUGCCAGAUUAGCUGUAUCGGUUAACAAAUUAAUUGACUCAAGUUGCCGAAGAUGGAUUUGAUGUACUCACGUGCACCUAGUUUCUAGAUUAGUUAUCUCUAAUUGCCAGAUUGGUUGUACUAAUUUCCAAAUUAAUUGUCUCAAGUUACCUGAAAUGAAUUUGCUGUACACACUCAAUUUCCAGAUUAGUUGCCUACUUUCUAGAUUAGUUGUAUCAGUUGCCAUACUUGUUGUUGGCCUUGCCAUCCUCGUGCUCGUGCCCCCCUUGCCCAAAAUCCCUAGCGCUUGCAUACAUGUGACGGAGAGAUCCUGUGGCACCUCACGUAGUCCUAGGCCCCAUUUUAUCUCCUCGUCUUCCAGUUCGCUCGCAGGCAAGUCAGAUAAUCCCAUGAAGUCUGAAAAAAAAGAACACCACAAAAAACUGUGAUGCAAAACCAA